CUUCCCAAGUAUCAGGAUUUGCAAACUAAGGGUCAACGUAAUCUCAGUAAGGCCCUUAUAGCAACAAGCUAGAACUAAAUCGAAGUGAAAUUUGGCCUUCGGAGGCCAAAUUUAAUCCAAAUAUAGAACGUGGCAGCUGAAUCCAGAGAAGACAAGGAAUUAGUUGAAAGAGAGGUCCGGGCCAGCCAAAUCCAAGAUUUCCGGGGACACAACGGUUUACUAAAGAUGAGCUAAUCUCCAGGAUUUCCACCGGAGCAAAACCGGCAGCGAUUGCAACCGUUUCGAGCAAAAAUGUGACCGUUAGCGCGCGGGUUCGCCUGUGUGAAAGAAUCUCUAGAGGGUCAAUCACUGCCUCUCUGUAUUCUAUCUGUACUUCGGUCAGUCGUUCCUCCUCACCUGAUCCUUCUUCCUCUCUCGCUCUCUCCGUCUCUCUUGUGCGAUCUUUUGCUCCUCAAUCCUCUGAUCUUCGUCUGAGAAGCUUGGAGUCCAAGAGAGGUCGCUGGGACGACAAUGCUGCCGCCGGGCUUCUUGUUCAGACCGAGCGACGAGGUUCUCCUCGUCACCUACCUCAAGAACAAGUUACUUCAGUGGCCUCUUCCCUGCGAUGUUAUUGUGGAGGCUGACGUCUAUGGAUGCCACCCCCAGGACUUGGCUUGUAAUCAUCUUGUGCUUCUCCAUUGUCUUCUUUUUUGAUUCACGGUUUCUAACCCUUUCUUUGAGUUUUCUUGGGUUGUUUCAGUGGAGUAUCUCAUGGCAAACAGGGACUUCGAGUGGUUCUUCUUCACUUCUACCCCUCGGAAGCAUCCAGGCGCAAGCGAAACCAGCCGUGCAUCUCGGCGCGCAGGCCUGGGACGAUGGAAGGCCACGAAAGGUGUCAAGAACGUGGUGGAUUCCAAGAAUAACACCAUUGGGUCGAAGAAGAGUUUCUGUUACAUGGAACAGAACUCGGACGGUGGCGAGAACAAAAGUAUCUGGUUGAUGGAGGAGUUCUCUAUGCAGAACCUUAGAAGGAGAGGUAGUGCUGGUGAGAUGAGGGACACAAAUGAGUUGGAUGACUGGGUCAUCAGCAAGAUUUACUUGACUCCAAAAGCUCGCAAGGCUCACGCUGAUUUGAAACAAUUUGCUAGUGCUACAUUGGAACCCGCUUUCAAAAGAAGAAGGAUAGAGCUAGAAUACAUGAUGGUGCCACCUGGAUUUAUUUUCCAGCCAACGGAUGAGGAGCUCUUGGAUUUCUUCCUCAAGGAGAAGCUCCUCCAUCAGCCACUUCCAUGCGACAUAAUCAAAGAAGCCGAUGUCUAUGGAAACCACCCUAGCAACCUUACUGGUCAAAUGGCCAUGGAAAAUAGAAACUCGGAGUGGUUCUUCUUCACCUGGACCACUCGAAAGCAUCCAAAUGCAGAAGCCAGCACAAGGGCAUCUCGGGUUGCAGGCCAAGGUCGUUGGAAAUCUACCCAAUCGGUGAAGCUAGUGCUCAACAGCAAGGGCCAGGUCAUUGGCUCCAAGCAAAACUUCAUCUAUAUGGAACGCACCCCCUUGGGCAAGGAGGAAAAGAGCAUCUGGUUGAUGGAAGAGUACUCCAUCCAGAACCUUAGAAGAAGAUGUGGUGAUGCAGCUAUGACGAUGGACCGAAACAAGCUGGAUGACUGGGUUGUUUGCAAGAUUUAUCUGAGGCCGAGUGCUCGCAAAGAAUUGUGUGGUACAGAACUUCCUACAAUGGAAAGCAGAGAGCUGGAGGUGCAAGAAAUAUGGUAUCAACCUUUUGUAUUACCAAUUCAGCAGAUCACUGAAGGAUUUGACCAAGAGGUGGAGUUUUGUUCUUAUAAGUCGCACGAUAGCUCACUACAGUAUCCAUCUCCUGAUGAACUACAAGAGAAUUUUGAAUCACUGCCAGCUGAAAAGAUCCUCCAACAAUUCGCUGAUGCACCUGAUACAAACUCUGAUAUUCUGCAAUUGCCGACUCUUGAUGAGCUAGAAAAGAUUUUUGAACCACCACUAGCUGAUGAGAUUCUCCAAUAA